AGCAGAGGUGAACUGGUCCCUGUGAGCAAUCUCAGCUAAUAAAUGUGCCCUUAAAAGAUUCGAAACAUGAGAUUGUCUGCAAAGAUUAUUUGGUUGAUAUUGUGGACUGUUUGUACAGCAGAAGAUUGCCAGGGACCUCCUCCAAUAGGAGAUACAGAAAUUCUGUUAGGUUCCUGGCCUGACCAGCCUUAUACAGAGGGUACGCAGGCUACCUACAAAUGCCGCCCUGGCUAUAGGACCCUUGGCACCAUCAAAAGGGCAUGCAGAAAUGGAGAAUGGGUGGCUCUUAAUCCAGCCAGGAUAUGUCAGAAGAAGCCCUGUGGACAUCCUGGGGAUACUCCAUUUGGUUCUUUUCAUCUUGAAGUUGGAAAUAAAUUUGAAUAUGGUGCAAAAGUUGUUUAUAAAUGUGAUGAGGGGUAUCGAAUGUUAAGUGAGAAUAAUUUCCGUGAAUGUGAAGCAGAAGGAUGGACAAAUGACAUUCCUAUAUGUAAAGUUGUUACAUGUUUGCCAGUGACAGAACCAGAGAACGGGAGAAUUAUCAGUAGUUUGAUAGAACCAGAUGAGGAAUAUUAUUUUGGACAAGUCGUGCAGUUUGAGUGUAAUUCAGGCUUCAAACAUGAAGGACACAAAGAAAUAUUUUGUUUAGUAAAUGGUCAUUGGAGUAAUGAAAAACCAAGAUGUGUGGAAAUUUCCUGCACAUCGCCAGAAAUUAGAAAUGGCUAUUCUGUAUCUCCUAAGAAAAUUUAUAAGGAGAAUGAAAUAUUUCAAUAUAAAUGCAAUCAAGGUUUUGAAAACAGUGAAAGAGGCAAUGCUACAUGCACUAGUUCAGGAUGGAGUCCAACUCCCUCAUGUGAAGAAGUAAUGUGUAAUCCUCCUUAUAUUCCAAAUGGUGUUUACUCACCUGAAAGGAUUAAGCACAGAACUGAGGAUGAAAUCAGAUAUGAAUGUAAAAGUGGUUUUUAUCCUGCAACCAGGGGAAAUACUGCAAAAUGUACAAGUAGUGGCUGGAUACCUCCUCCAAGAUGUAGCUUGAAACCUUGUGAUUUUCCAGAAAUAAAACAUGGACAUCUGUACAAUGAAGAAAGAUAUAGACCAUACUUUCCUGUACCUAUAGGACAACGAUAUGCCUAUGAAUGUGAUGAAAAUUUUCUGCCUCCUUCAAAAUCAUACUGGGGUUACAUUCGUUGCACAAAAGAAGGGUGGCUGCCAGAAGUGCCAUGCAUCAGACAAUGCAUUUUCAAUUAUGUGGAAAAUGGAUACUACUCACGUGAAAGAAGACAUUCACUACAUGAAUCUGUUAAAGUUGACUGUUAUCCUGGCCAUAGUCUUUCAAAUGGUCAAAACACAGCUACAUGUACAGAGAAUGGCUGGUCCCCUCCUCUCAAAUGCAUUCAGAUUAAAACGUGUUCAAAAAAUGAUAUAGAAAUAAAGAAUGGGUUUCUUUAUGAAUCUGAUUUUAUAUAUAAUCUAAAUAAAAUAACACAAUAUAAGUGCAAACCAGGCUAUGUAACUGAAGAUGGUAAAACAUCGGGAUCAAUUACCUGCCUCCAAGAUGGAUGGUCAGCUCAACCCUCCUGUGUUAAAUCUUGUGAUAUGCCAGCAUUUGAGAAUGCUAAAACCAAAAGUAACGCCACCUGGUUUAAACUCAAUGACAAGUUGGACUAUGAAUGUAAUGUUGGGUUUGAAAACAGAUUCAGGCGUGCCAAAGGAUCCAUAGUAUGUCAGGACAAUGGAUGGUCACAUAUACCCACAUGUUAUGAAAAUCUUUCAUGUUCUCAACCACCUGACAUAGACCAUGGAAGAAUUAGUCCAUCUAGAUCUUCAGAAGAAAGGAAAGAAGCAAUUGAAUCCAGACAGUAUGCACAUGGCACUAAACUGAAUUAUAUUUGUGAAGAUGGUUUCACAGCCUCUGAGGAGGAUGAGAUAACAUGCUACAUGGGCAAAUGGAGUCCUCCACCUCGGUGUGUAGGACUUCCUUGUGAACCUCCACCUUCCAUUCCUAAUGGUGUUGUGUCUCAUGAGUUAGACAGUUACCCAUAUGGACAAGAAAUUAUUUACAAUUGUUCUGAAGGUUUUGGGAUUGAUGGACCUGCAUUUAUAAAAUGUUUAGGAGGAAAAUGGUCUUCCCCACCAGAAUGCAUAAGAACAGAUUGUUUUAAUUUACCCAACUUUGAUGAUGCCAUGCUUUUAGGAGAAAGGAAAGAAUCAUAUAAGUCAGGAGAUCAAGUGACUUACAGAUGCCCAAAAUUUUACCAAGUGGAUAGGUCCAAUACUAUAACAUGUAUCAAUGGCAAAUGGAUAGGAAAGCCAAUGUGCAAAGAUAUUUCCUGUGUGAAUCCACCCAAAGUGGAAAAUGCUAAUAUAAUAUCAAACCAGAUGCUUAAGUAUCCAUCUGGUGAGAGAGUACGUUAUGAAUGUAUCAAACCUUUUGAAAUAUUUGGGGAAGUAGAAGUGAUGUGUCUAAAUGGAACUUGGACAGAGCCACCUCAGUGCAAAGAUUCCUCAGGAAAAUGUGGGCCUCCUCCAGCUAUUGACAAUGGAGACCUCACUUCAUUCCCAUUACCAGUAUAUCCUAUGGGUUCAUCAGUUGAAUAUCAGUGCCAAUCCUUAUAUCAACUUGAGGGUAGCAAGACAGUAACAUGUAGAAAUGGAGAGUGGUCAAACCCGCCAAAAUGUUUAUAUGCAUGUGUAAUAUCAGAAGAAAUCAUGGAAAGAUACCACAUAACCUUAAGGUGGAAAGAAUGGCAAAAGUUUUAUGCUUCAUCAGGGGAUACAGUUGAAUUUGUGUGUAAAUAUGGAUAUUCUCCAUCAACUCGACCUCAAUCAUUUCGUACAAGGUGUAUUGAUGGUCACCUGGAAUAUCCCGUUUGUAGGAAGAGAUACUCUUAAUCUCAUUAAAAUGUGCACUUAAAUUCAGAAUUUUUAUUAUUAAUCUAGAUUUCAAUUUUAUUUAAAAAUAUUGUUUAACUCAUUUUUAUUCAUAAAUUAGAAUUUGUGUUGAAACGUGCUGAUGUGUUUAGAAUCUGGGAGGCUAGAGCCCCACAUCUUAAAAGCACUGCAUUCAAAUUUGGCAAACCAAAGUGCCAUGCAUCCUAUUCAUAAAACAUCUGUGGCAAGAAAUUAGAUGCAAUUACUUCGGGCUUGUCUGUAUCCAUCAUUCUCCAAACUGAAAGUUUUCUACAUAACUUUUGGGGCUCUCUGAGACUCUGUUUCACAGUGCAUAAAAAGACAGACUCUCCAUCUUCAAAAUUAUAUAAUUCAGAAAGAUCUAAAUACCAAAGUCAUGACUUAUAUUAGUCAAAAAUAUAAUCAAUUACUAAUUAUUAUUUAUGCAUAAGCAAAUAUAAAAAGAUGACAUGUGAGCUUCUAAAAUAUAUGAAUCUAGUACAUUUAGUACAUUCAACAAUGUAAACAAAUCAUAAAGAGGAAUAGAAGCUUAAUUAGAUAUAUAACUAUAAAACUAUCAUAACUGUUACUAUAUAACUAUGGAAAAAAUGGCAGAAAAUGCAACAAAGUCUGUAAAAACUAUAUUUGUGCUUAGAGGUAAGAGGAUUGACUUGUUUAAUUCCUUUAAAGAGACAGUCUCUAAAUUAUGGUGGUUUAAUUUGUGAUUUUUUUUACUUUACAGUAGUAUGAAAGUGAUAAGUAUUCAGUAGAAAUUGUACUUUAAUCUGUUUCUAUGACUAGAAAUAUAUGAUAGACAACUUUUAUGGUAUUGUGUAACAGCCGUUUACAGCAUCCAAUUGGCCUUGUGAUCAACAAAGUAUACUGCAGGGUACUGUUCUGCUAAGCUAUGAUAUAUGAUAGGUUGGUAUAUUAAAUGUAUGUUCAAUGAAAAUAAUUUUAAUUUAUCAUGAGUUAAUCAGGAUGUAACAUUCUAAAUUGAGGCAUAUUAGCAUUUAUAUUAUAUUGUACAAUUUUUAAACCUUUAAUAUACUCAGCUUUGAACUUUGAGAAUAAGUUGUUUUAAGACAAUAAUGCCUAAAAACCAAGGUGAUCUUGUGGAGAAAUAUAAACGCCUUAUUGGUAAUGAUCUCAAGGUCAAAUUAUGCUUUAAUGAGUUUUUUUGUUGCAGAAAUUUUUUUCUUCUGUUUUUAAAAUUUCAGUAACAAGAUCUUGAAGUGUAAUUUUAUAUCUUUGCAUUUCAGACAGCACUAUUUAGUUAAAAUCACUUUGUCUAGAAACAUUUUUUGAUUUUUAAAAAGCUAUAAUCUUAGGAUGAAAAUAAAGAUAAAGAUAAAAAUGUACAAAACUUUAAGGUGAUAAAUUGUUACCUCUUAUUGCAUAAAAUCAUAAAGCUUAUAUUAAAUGCUUUCCUCUUGUUUGAGAUCCUGAUUUAGAUAAAUUGAAUUGAGACAGAUUUUUCAAUUUUAAUGAAAUUGGUUACAACAAGCAAGUAAUCCUUGUGUUUAAUUUUAACACCUGAAUAUACUUAACUCAGUCCCAUUGGGCCACUAUAACAAA